GGAAGAGGCACAUGUGGGGACUCCCAUUGGACAGCAGCGAGGGAAACUUCAAGGAGGGCUUCAAAAUUGGAUGAAGAGGGGAUGGAGGUUGCUGUGUGUCGCCAUGGGUUCCUUUUGAAAGCCCUUAAUAUGUACAGGGGGAGAUAUUUGCCUACCCUCUGUACCUUCAAAGGGAGCUCAUGCCAGCCAAGGCACAAUUCUUUGCAAUGGACGUGGCAUGCAAAUACUGGCCAUACCUGGAGAAAGUUGCUAGUGUCCUUCCUGCUCUUCAGGAACUGACCACUAUGAAACCCUUUCUAAGUGUGAUGCAUGCUCGAGCCCAUGCUACUAAGUGUGAGAUUAAUUGGAGUGGCAGGAACCAGGAAGGAGCAGGGACAACCGCUGGUGAGGAGGUGGAGCAAGUGAACAGUUACCUCUCACGUUGUGCCCUGACAACCAAAUAUAUGUCCAAAGCAGCACGGGUGGACAUGCUUACAUUGCAUGCAAUAGGGUGGAAUGAGAAAAAAAUCUCUCUUUACAUCAGGCACUUUCCACAAGAUAUAUGAAGACUUUUCAGAGACUCCAUGAUGAGACUGCAAGGCUAGCUGACCUAAAAACAGAGCUAGAUUGCACAGAUGAAGUGGUGUCACAGUGGCUAUCUGAUGUAAAGGAAUGGGCAGCUGGUGAGACACCUGAUACAUCUCGUGCCAGUCAAGGCACAACACACAGAGGAAUGCAGCAAUCAAUUGAGGGGCUCUACCUUAGUGUGAGGCACCGGAAGCGAACCCUCUACCGUCAGAAUGACAGCAGCAAGUUUCAGCCAUCGCCUUCGAAGGAAGCUGGCAGAAGACAAAAACUCCUUCUUCAGGAGAUACAGAAAUACAAUGAUCUUGUACUAGAAUCGGCAACAACCAUUGAUGUAGCUGUGGUGGAGCAUUCCCUAACUGGAGAGAGUACUGUGUCUCAAAUAUGGCCGUGGGAGGUUCAUGGCAGUGCAAACAUGUCAAUCAAGAAACGAGUGCACGACCAAGUGAUGUUAACAAGGCGACUGCAUGAGGAAACAAGAGUUUUGGUGUUGGAGAUGGCACAACACUGCACAUGGUUGCAGAGCCUGGCAAUGGUUCUCAAGAACAAGUUGGCUGAGGAGGACGUAGACCAGGGAAAUGAGGGACUUUGCUGUCUCUUAAGAAGAAGACUGUCAGAGGUGUCAGAAAGGUUCCAAGUGGUCCUCCAACAGUACAAGACUGCCUUAGGUCCUGAGGCCUCUGUCCUUCUACAUGUAGAAGAGGAAGAUCAAAGUGGCCUCAGUAGUCCAGACACCAAUGGAAGCUACACGAAGGACUAUGUUGAAGGAAAUGGACUUGCCCUAUAUCUGUGUAUUAUUAGUAUGCUGAUUGAUUAACCACAUCAAAAUCUUGUUGAAAAUUCAAACUGUGUCUUUAGAUUUUCCAAGCAAUUUAGUAAGCACAUUGCACAGUUCGUUGAAAAUGCACAAACCUCUCAGUAUAGGUGCACCGAUCUUAUUCAAAAUUGUCAACUUUGCAUGUAUGAUAUUACCAGAUGUAGUUACUGGGCUCAUAUGAUAUUAGGGUAGUGAAUACUCUUUUAAGAGAGAAUUGUGGUGACCCUGUGACCUUUCCUUUUGCACCAUGCAAGGUUAGGCCAAACUUUUGACUUGCAUACAACAAAUGUUAUGAACCAAUGUCUGUAAUUUGCUGAGCAAUGAAUCAUGUCAUGUUGACCUUAUGACAUUCCCUGUAGCAAAAUCAUUAGACCAGAAUGUAAAAUUGAAUAUUGUCUAAUUGGGCAGAUUGCCAUGAAAUCUUGUAAGCACAUGAUGACUUUGGUGACCUCAUGACAAUUCCUCUAUCAUAACAUUUAGGCCUUAAUGUAAAAACUCAUUCUUGAUUGCAUUUCUCAAUAUUCACUUAUUCUGUGGUGCAGCAGCAGUGUCUGUGUCAGUCUAUGACAUUUUGUUUUUCCCCAGAGGAGGCUGCCUAUGGAUCACUACUUGAUUGAGUGUAUAUAACUGUUAUGUAACUUUAUAUUACUGCAAAGAUGCAUUAUAGUAUGUAACAGAAAAAUACACCGUUUUUUAUAUUACGAUUAUACUUUAUAUUGUAUAUUAUUACAGUUGACAGAUGACUUAAUUCUUUGUUCUGCUGGAGCUUUUUGCAAGUGAACUUAACCUCACAGUCCAAUGUUUUUAAAUACAGCCUUAUGGCUUGUUUGACAAAUAUGCAUUUGGUGUAUUUUCACUGGUAUUGUUGUGAAAGACAAGAAAUAAAGUAUUUCCAA